AUGCAUGUCGCACUGCAUUUCCUCUGGCACCUUUCGCUCUGUCUAUACGCCUGUGCCCAAAGCGACAGCUCCAUCGACUUCGCCGGUAUCGACGCUCCGCCCGCAUUCGAUCAGGCAUCUGAUGACGGAUUCUUUGGCUACUACCCUACCCGCGAGUACAUCACGGAGGUGGACUUGAAUACGCCGCGAACAAACUUCGUCCAAUGGAGUCCUGAAUGCAACGAUGGAGCCUACUACUUCAUCACGCCUCGAGGUUGGGGCAUUGGAAAUCCCGGGCCGAUGCUGCUCGACCAGCGGGGUGAUCUUGUAUGGGCGCACCACUUCGAGAAUGACUUUGGUGGACAGGCGUACGAUUUCACGGUCCAGAAAUAUCAAGGAAACGAUUACCUCACAUUCUGGCUGGGUGACGAUCGUGUGCGAGGACAUGGCUCCGGUUUCUACUACAUGCUGAAUGCUUCAUACGACAUUGUGCAUCGUGUGGGUGCUGCCAACGGACUUUCUGCUGACCUUCAUGAAUUCUUGAUCACUCCUGAAGGGACAGCGUUGAUGACCAUGUACGAAGUUGUGGAAUAUGAUCUUUCGAGCUUUCCGGACUACCACCCAGACGAAGAAUCUCUCGGACCGUCGUACAUCUGGGAUUGUCUCUUCCAGGAGAUCAGCAUUGAGACAGGCGACCUCCUGUACGAGUGGCGAGCAUCCGACCAUGUCAAUAUCUCAGCCACUUACCGCGGAAUUGGACCGGGAGGCUCCAAGGAUGACCCCUUUGACUGGUUCCACAUCAACAGUAUUGCCAAGGAUGAGCUCGGGAACUACUUGAUCUCUUCGCGGUACUUCCACAGCGUGUUGUAUGUCGAAGGUAGGACCGGAAACAUCAUCUGGUCGUUGGGAGGAAAGGAGAAUGAUUUCAUGGAUUUGAGCGGAGGCAAUGCCACGAACUUUGCAUGGCAGCACGACGCUCGCUUCUUGUCUACCGACACUUUUCCCAGUCUAUACAGCCCUCCCGAGGAGAAACAUGGCAUGACGACGCGACUGAACGAACCUCGCGAUGCAGACUUGAACACCCUGAAAGUCCAAGAAAUCAACGGCACAUCAACAUCCUACACAGUGCGCGUGAUACAGUCCUACGAAAACCCGCAGUCCGUCCGCUCCUCCUCCCAAGGCUCGGUCCAGAUUCUGCCACCUUCCUCUCCCGGCCAGGAUCCGCGGAUCCUCGUUGGCUAUGGUCUGAACGCGGUUUGGAGCGAGUUCUCCGCCAACGGCACUGUUCUCUGCGAUGUUCACUACGGUGCUACAACUUCCUGGGAGCGCGGCGACAUUCAAAGCUACCGCACCUACAAAUUUCCGUGGAUCGGACGUCCGAACGAGCCGCCAAAAGUCGAAAUUAGUGACGACGACUUUGAGGUAUAUGUUUCGUGGAAUGGAGCGACGCAAGUGAGGACUUGGGUUUUGCAGUGUUCGGACGAAGCAUCCUCCAAUGAGCGAGCUUGGGAAGAUGUUGUCAGCGUUAAAAAGACUGAUUUUGAGGAGACGAUUGCCAUUCCCGAGGACAUUGUCGACUCGCGCUAUCUCCGCGUCAUUGCCUUGGAUGCACACGAUCGCCGGCUUGAGUUUGGCACAAGUAGAAUCUUGGACCGGAUCACUACGGUCGUGGGUGCGCAGCGCUGGAUGGAUGAGCUGGCGCAUGCAAUUACCGUACCAAAAUUGGCGAACGGCGUGCCGCCGUCGAGGUCGUUGCUAUCGAUGGUAUUCAUGGCGUUGACCGUGUUGGGAGUGCUUCACGCAUAUCGGAGAUUCUUGUCGCGGAGGGUGGGAACGAACAGGGCGGGUCCGAUGAGGUGGAAACAGGGGAGUAGGUAUCGUCUGUUGAGCGAUGCGUAA